AUGGCUUUGUUCCAGGGCCCGACUUUGUUUGGAUAUGGAGAGAUAGAUUUCGCUGCACAAAGUCAAAUAAGUGCCAGGGAGCCAGAGCCUGCUGGAUGGUUGCUGUCUAGUUUUCUAAAUUUUGGGAUUGAUCUUUGGCACCUUGGUGUCUUAUGCUUAAUAGGAAACUGCAUUUGCAUGGCAGCUUAUAUAGCCAUUCAGGAUUCAACAAAGAUUACUAACAUAACAAAUGAGUGCAAGGAGUCAACAAAUCUCAUACCCCAACUGGAGGAAGACAUUCCCAAAUUGCAAAAACUCUUUCUUGAUGAAGAGAAAGUCUUAGAGGAAAUUAAGGAGAACUCUAAAGGUAUUUUCUUCAAAGAACAAGAAAAGCUAAUUCCUCUUGAACAAGCUGCAAGACAAAAGGUUACCGAGCUCCUUCUUUGA